ACACACACACACACACACACACACACACACACACACACACACACACACACAGAGUUAACAACGAUCUGCAUAGAUUUAAGUAUUGUAAUAUCUUUUCAGCUAGGAUGGAAAACUACAAGGGUUUAAACCAGUGCAUAUUAAAUAAAUAUAUGAUCCUUGACACCAAGGGUAAAGUUCAAGCAAACUACAUAUGGAUUGAUGGUUCAGGAAAAACAUUGCGGUCAAAAACAAAAACCCUUGACUAUGAGCCUGAAACACCCGAUCAGCUUCCAAUAUGGAACUUUGACGGUUCGUCAACAGGCCAAGCAACCGGGGAUAAUAGCGAUGUUUAUUUGCAUCCAGUAGCCAUUUUUUCUGAUCCCUUUAGAGGAAAAAAACAUAAACUUGUUUUUUGCGAAACAUACACUUUCGAUCACAAGCCAACAGAGUCUAACAAAAGAAAGUCAUGUAAAUCUACAAUGGAAUCUGUGCAGGAUUCUCAUCCUUGGUUUGGCUUAGAACAAGAAUAUUCUUUAUUUGAUCGUGAUGGACAACCGCUCGGAUGGCCAAAAGGUGGGUAUCCAGCUCCUCAAGGGCCAUACUAUUGCGCAGUUGGAACUGGUAAAGCUUUUGGAAGAGAAGUGAUGGAAGCUCAUUAUAGAGCAUGUCUUUACGCGGGAGUGAAAAUUGCUGGAGAGAACGCUGAGGGUGAGGCAUCACAGUGGGAAUUCCAAAUAGGACCAUGUGAAGGAAUUGAAAUGGGAGAUCAUCUAUGGAUAGCUCGGUAUUUACUUGAAAGAGUGGCUGAAGAUUUUGGAAUUGUUGUUACUUUGGACCCAAAACCUAUUCGAGGUGACUAUUGGUACGGCGCCGCAUGCCACGCUAACUUUAGCACUCUUGAAAUGCGAAAAGAGGGAGGAAUUAAAAAAGUAUAUGAAGCUAUUGAAUUAUUAUCAAAGAACCACAAACACCACAUUCGAUGCUAUGAUCCGGCUGGAGGUAAAGACGACGAAAGACGUUUAACUGGACAUCACGAAACCUCAACAAUACAACAAUUCUCUCACGGAGUUGCAAAUCGUUGCUGCAGUAUUCGCGUGCCGCGCCAUUGUGAUGAAGUUGGCUACGGUUACUUGGAAGAUCGAAGACCUCCAUCAGAUUGCGAUCCAUAUGUUGUCACAGAAGCACUUGUAAGAACAGUUAUUUUGAAUGAAAUAGUGAAUGAGUGAAGUUUUAUAAAAAAUUUAAAUAUUUGUCAAAUAAAUGUGAAGAUCUACUUAAAAUGUUUUAAAGAAACUAAUCAAAA